GGAAAUCAGGGAAAAGUCAGGGAAGAAUAAAAUUAAAUAUUUGUGGCAACCCUGUAUUAACUAUAACCAUACUAUCUCUUAAGUAAAAUUUUCUACUUUGAAAAAGUUCACAUACUUUUUUAUUGAAUUGAUUUAAAUUAAAGUUGAGUGAAGAAGUGAAAAGCAAUUUUGAUAAAAAUCUAAAUGUUCGUUGCUAAGAAACAAUGUGGAACUUAAAAAUUCAAAACAUAAGGAAAAGUUGUGGAAGAAAUUGUACAGAAUUUGAUAAGUUACUUCUUAUAUAAAUGAAUAUGAAAAAGUAAAGAGCGGAAAAUUUGGCAAAAAAAAUAUCGCAAUGAAAUUUCACACUACUUUUUACUAUUGCUUCGUAAGCAUCGUGAUUGGUGAAAUUCUCCAAACUUAUGAACCAAAUCAAUCAAAUUUGCCUCUAGAGAUCAUACACUCAAUAAAAAGGGAUCAUAAUUAUCACCAGAUUAUGUUAAUCACGAAAAAUGAGAACCACAAAAAUUCCCUGCUAAUUCGAGAAUUUUCCAAAAACCUACCGAUCUUGCAUUUCAACUCCUCUGCUUUAACUGAAAAAAUUGAGUAUUUCAAUCAAAUGAAUUCCUUCAAAAAUCCACGAGCCACGACAUUAUUUCUAAUUAUCGAAACAGCGAUAAAUAACAAUUAUCAAUGGACUCAAGAAAUUAUGAAUUUGAUCAAGAAAUUAUCAACAAUAAAAAUUCGACCAAAAUGUUUAAUUCUUCAUUUAUUGGAGAGAGAAGAAUUAAAGAAGAACGUUACAAUACGAAAGGAUGUGGAAUUUUUGCGAAAAAUGUGGAAAUCUCUAUUUCUCGAUGUCACUAUCGUGAAAGUAUUGAAGAAAAAUGUUACUAUUUAUCAUCUGAAUCCUUUUGUUUCGCAUAAAGGAAAAAUGUUCCAAAACUUGUUUCCCCUAUUUCCGGAUAAAUUGCAAAAUCUUCAUGACUAUCGAUUGGAAAUUGGUAUUUUUCAAAGACCACCUUUCACUCUAGUGAAUCGAAAUUCAACAAAACAUCCUAUUCACAUUUUUGGUCCGGAUGCAAUUACAGUGAAAAUUUUCUCCGAACUUAUGAGAUUUAAAUUAAGUUUUCCAGCAUCGAAUGAGGAAUUUUUUGGGAAACACUCUUGUUUGCCAAGAGAAAGGAACUGGAUUUAUGAAACAAUUACUCGAGAAUCGAAUAAAUCUCAUUGGAGUUCGUUCAUCUACAACAUUUUCUAUUUGUCCACAAGAAACCAAUGAGAAUGUAUUUAUUGAACUAGAUUAUUAUGUGGCCGUAAUUUCUAUUCAAGAAUCUGAAUCAUCUGGAGUCAUUCUUUUAUUUGGUCAUAAGUUUUAUUCAUCGAUUCUAAUUAAAAUACCCAUAAGAGUUAUAAUUUUAUUAUAAAUAAAAACAUACACUUUAUUUGUAUAAUUGCAUUGAGUCAUUCACUUUAAAGUUAAUUGAAUAAUAAUCAUUAAUUUCUAUUUGAGUUUCAGGUUCUUGUUUGAGCUAUGGGCACUCUUGUUGGGGUGCUCACGGAAAGCGGAGUGGCAGUAAUUUUGGUUCGAAUAACUUACGAGUAAACGAAGAUAACAAAAAUAUUGUUUUACCAUUGGUAAACGAUCAGUGGAUGUUGUCUCCAUUGAUUAAUAAACGACAUCCGAUGCCGUCGACUGGAAAAUAUCGAGUUAGAUGGAUGAAUAUAUUCAAGGGUAAAAGUUUGCCUCGCGACUGGGAUAGUAACGAAUCAAUUGCUUCGAAGGAGGAAAAUGAUAUUACGAGGAAGUUUAAUUGGAUGUUUGAUUGGUUAUGUAAUGCCGCCGAUAAUUCCACAAAUUCUUAAUAUUAUUGUUCCUCUAAAUGAAUCAAGACCAAGGGAUUUACCAUUUCCAGUGUAUUACUUUGUUGACUAUUCUGAAGAUCAUUUCUAUUGGGUUGUUACACAUCUUGAUGACUUUGAAAUAGCCUUCAAGUUCGGAAUAUUUCUUAUCGCUUCCUCAACGAAUCUUUUGGUUCACAAUGUUUUUUCGCAAAGAUUAAUGGACCACAGUACUGAAAUAACAGAUACUAUAUACAAUAUUUCUUGGGAUGAGCUGCAAUUGAGUGUAAGAAAAAAUUUCUUAUUUAUUAUGAUGAGAUGCAGAAUUCCCUGCAAAAUGACAGCGGGAAAAAUGUUGGAUUUAUCAUAUAGAACUGCAACAGCGGUAAGAAUUAGAUUUUGUGGCAGUAUUAAAGCUCUCUACUUGCCUUGCUUUAUGUUCUUAGUGACUUUAAAUGGCAUUUUUAUUUCUGCUUCUUUGAUUCAGAUUGUUGCACAUUCGAAUAAUUUCAUAGUAACUGUAAAAUAUUGUGCGUUUGUUGGGAAUUCUGUGGCUCAUCUAUUUUUUAACACACUUUUUACGCAAAGAAUAAGGGACUAUAGUACUGGUCUUACAGAUACUGUAUACAAUUCUUUGUGGUAUGAAAAACCAUCUGGAAUAAGAAAAAUUUUGUUACUUAUUAUGCUGAGGAGUAAAAUUCCUUGCGAUAUAUCUGCUGUGAAAUUGUUAAAUAUAUCACUAAGAAGUGCUUGUUGGGUGAGAAUAUUUAAAAAUUUAUAAUCUAGUAAUUAUUUGUUGAGCAUUCCAUGAAUUUAUUUGAAAUAUUCCACUAAUGAAGACAUUCUUUUAAGAUCUAUUAAACAACUCUUAUUUAGCUCUGAUGAUAUCAACAACGAAUUAAAGAGUUAAUAGUCAAAGAAUCAAAGUGGCUCACUUUCUUCUGAAAUAUUUCAUUAUUUAAUUUAGCAAUCACUUGUUAAACAGUUGGAAAAUAAAAUUGUUUAUUAAGAAUUAGAAAGUAUUUUUCUAACUCAUUUUAUGCGCAUUCUCUGGACUGCAACUCUUGUAUGUUGUGCGAGUAAUCUAAUAGUAUGGGCGUUUCUCAUUUUGCGCAGUAGACGAAUUUAAGUACACUGCGCAUUCCGACCCAUGUGUCAGUAUGCGCAGAACACUCAAAUUCGUUAUCUGCGCAACGACGAUACAGUAACACGAUUUUCCUAAAUACAGCAAUUCAAGAACUUUGCAUUGAAACGUUAUAACAUCUUUCAUUAUUGAACAUAAUUUCUAAUAACUUUCUUUAUUAAACAUCUUUCUAAAAUGUUCAGAAAAUAUUGUGCUAGGGGAAAAAUUAUUAUUUCUCUCUCUCAUCAAAUUAAUUUGGUAUUAUUAUUUCUCUCACCAAAUAAUAUUUUCUGAAUUAUAAAUUUUUUUUAUAAAAAUUCUAAAGAGUAAUUUAAAAUUAAAACUUACAGCACAUCAUAAAUGUACGUAUACACUAAAUAAUUGCCAUUUGCAGAAUAGAAUAAUGGCUCUCUUCUUCACGGUGAUUGACAAGCAUUCAGCCAAACAGUGACUCAACAUUUCAUACUUUUAAUGAUAAUAGCAACAAAAAAAAUAGU